AGAAGCACAAGAUAACAUGAGCACAAAAUUAUUGGGCUAAUUCUUCGAUGCAACGCCUAAUUCCUAAAACAAAAUUAGAAUAGAAUUGGAAAGGAAUUGCAGGGAUGAAACCUAAAAAAGAGAAGAAAAGCAGCUUCAACUCAGUUGAUGAAGACAUCCUACCUAUUAUCUUCUCAUAUCUCCAUCUCUUCGACCUCGUUCGUUGCUCUUGCGUCUGCAAAUCAUGGAAUGUAAUCAUUAGUAGAUCAAGAUUAUUGCAUUCGCUGUACCUUAAGCAAUGGGCUAAUGAGGCCUCCAACUCGUCGUUUGAUAUGGGUCGACCAUUGAAUGUAAUCAUUGAGGAUUUGGCAAUGCAGCAUCAUAGGUCUGUUCUUGUUCAAGGUUCCGUCUAUGUCGAUCAAUGGAAAGGUCAUACAUCCGGGGUUGGCCAAUGUCGAAUGAAGAUGGGUUUGAUUCUUACUGGUGUAGGUGACAAGGUUAUGCGUUUAUGGUCAUCAGAAAAUUACAAGUGCAUGGAAGAGUACUCUCUCUCUGGCCUGACUCCACUGGUUGAUUUUGAUUUUGAUGAGAGCAAGGUUGUUGGUUUGACUGGGACCCGUAUCUGUAUAUGGAGGCAACAUGGAAAACGUAGUAUAUUUCCUUCACAUGAAGGCACAUUCACAAAGGGCUUAUGUAUGAGGUACUCGGAUCCAGAGGCUGUUGUUGGAUGUGAAGACGGCACAGUAAGGAUAUUUGACAUGUAUAGUAAGACUUGUUCUCGAAUAAUUCGGAUGCACUCUUCUCAUGCAACUUGUUUGGCAUUGGGAGAGGACCAGCUGAUACUGAGUGGUUCAGCUUAUGGAGGUGUAGCUGUAUCUGGCCUAGUAUCUGACCAGCGAGUUGCUACAUUGAAGUGUGCCAAUCUUAGAGGAUCAGGCGUAAAGACUUUGUGCUAUAAUGCUUCUUCUCAAUUGGUAACUGCUGGAUCAAUGAAUGGUUGGGCUGCUUGUUGGGACCUUAGGACAAUGGAAUUGUUGUGGGGGGCACGGGUGAGCCCUAACGCUAUAUAUUCAAUGCAAUAUCUCCGAACUGACAAAUCGACGCUAGUCAUGGGUGGCGUGGAUGGUGUUGUGCGUAUUCUGGACCAGAAUACUGGUGAGAUCCUCACAAGAUGUGUGAUGGAACCCAGCAAGGCCGAAUCAACUUCAAUAAAUAGCUUGUAUGGUUUGGUCGAGAGAAAGAAGGUGAAGAGAAUAACUGACGACGAGACCAUCGGUGAUAUUCCUUUAACUGCUCGGCCGCCCAUAAAGUGCUUAGCUGUUGGGAUGGGAAAAGUCGUUUCGACUCAUAACACUAAGUACAUCAGAAUGUGGAAAUUCAACAAGUGUGAAAAUUAAUGGUCAUGUAAUCUUGUUGCUCAUAUUUUACCUUAAUUCGAUCUUCUUUCCGUUAUUAAGACAGGAAAUUAGGAAGAGCUUAGUAAAGAAACUCCAAUCCGAAUCAUUAUUUCAUAUGUAUGUACAUAAACUGAAGUUCAGCCUAUCAAGAUAGGUAAAAUCCUAUUUUAAUUAGGGCAUAUCAUACCCAUUUUGAUUCCAAGAAAUAUAUAUGUCCAAAUGAGAAAUAGCUGAAUCUUGUUGCAA